AUGUCCCUUCAUGCCACAGGGACACCAACCAACCAGAUUAUGGAAGGCCCAGAGGCUAAAGUGAUUCCAAUUGUGUUCCUGACGAUGUGCUUCCUAAUUGGGAUCCCUGGCAAUGGUCUCGUGAUCUGGACCAUCCUUUCCAAAUUCCCCCAGCGCUCAUUCACCAUUGCCCUCAUCCUGAACUUAGCGGUGGCCGACUUACUGGCUAUACUGACGGUGCCUUUCUGGACGUACUAUUUUGCCAAAAGCUGGGUUUUUGGGGACUUCAUGUGCCGGUUCCUCAUGUACCUUGUGUAUUUGACCGUCUACACCAGCAUCUUCUCCAUCACCUUAAUGAGCCUCCACCGCUUUGCUGCGGUGAUCCUGCCACUCGCUUCCCAAAGAUGGCGGAAGCCGAGGGAGGUGCAUGCGAUCAUGCUAGCCAUUUGGUUGCUAGCGGGAGCUCUCUCCUGCCCAUGCUUGAUAUUCUCAUCCAAAGAGAUGCCCAGAGGGAAGUGCACGGAUGAAUUUUACAACUCUGACAACCAGCACAUUGCGGUUGAUGUCGUGGAGACCCUGUUUGGCUUCGUGAUCCCUUUUGCUGUGUUGGCAGUCUGUUAUACUUAUGUGGCGAGGAAGAUUCGGACUCUGAAAAACCACAAGAAAAUGAAAACCGGGAAGCUGAUUGCUGCAGUCGUUGGAGCCUUCUUUGUUUGCUGGCUUCCUUACCACGUCUUAAACCUCAUUACAGUCUCGGCAUUGUUGUUGAAGCAUGCCAAGCCCGAGGUCAGCCAGAACUUACUCAAGUCCAUGAAAAUUUUAACCAACGUUCAUGGUGCGGUGGCCUUUUCCAGCAGCUGCAUCAACCCUAUUCUCUACGCCUUCGCAGCACGGAGUUUCCGCGGAGGGCUACGCAAGACGAAUUUUGCAAAACUGUUCGAAAAACUGCGCAACGACACCGAGGAAAAAUUAACGAAGGACAAUACCGCUUCCAUGCAGACUCUGUAG